UCUGACAGAAACAGACAGAAGUGAUCCGAUCUGGUCUCUAGUGGUCUCUAUUGGACUCUAUUGGACUCUAUUGGACUCUAUUGGACUCUAGUGGACUCUAUUGGACUCUAGUGGACUCUAGUGAACUCUCCAGCUGUGUGUUUCUUCUCUCUUCUGCUUUAGUUUCAUGUUUCAGCAGAGUGAGUGACAGGAAGCAGCCAGUUCCUCUUCUCUUCUUCUCUUCUCUUCUCUUCUUCUCUUCUCUUCUCUUCUUCUCUUCUCGCUACAUGGCGACACGAGAGCUGCUCCACGCGCCGCUUCAUCACACCAACUUCACGCUUUAGUGGACUUCAUCCUCCCCAGGAGGAGCAGCAGGAGCAGCAGGAGCAGGAGCGGCCCUUUUAAGGAGGUGAAGCGGCGGUGGGAGCGUCAUGGCCUCGGUGUGGAAGCGGCUGCAGCGCGUGGGGAAGAAGGCGUCCCGGUUCCAGUUCGUGGCUUCGUACCAGGAGCUGGACCUGGAGCUCACCGCCAAAUGGCAGCCGGACAAGCUGAGGGUGGUGUGGACCAGGAGGAACAGACGCAUGUGCUCCAAGCUGCACAGCUGGCAGCCGGGCAUCAAGAACCCGUACCGGGGCACCGUGGUGUGGCCGGUCCCCGAGAACAUCGACAUCUCCGUCACACUCUUCAAGGAGGUGAACGCUGACGAGUUUGAGGACAAAGAGUGGACGUUUGUCCUGGAGGGAGAGAAUAAAGGCCACAGGAAGGUUCUGGCGUCGGCCGACAUCAACCUGAAACGCUUCGCCAGCGCCACGCCGACGCAGAGCGACCUGACGCUGACGCUGAAGCCGCUGUCCGUCAAAGUGGUGACGGCCUCGCUGAAGCUCUCGCUGUCCUGCGUCUUCGUCCGCGAGGGGAAGGCCACUGAUGAAGACAUGCAGAGUCUGGCCAGCCUGAUGAGCGUCAAACCGACAGACAUCGGAAACCUGGACGACUUCAACGAGAGCGACGAGGACGAGGACAAGAAGUCUCUGACAGCUGCAGUCGUUCCUAAAACUCUGGUCCGGCCGAACCGCCCCGCCCCCCCUCCACCCUGCGGACCCUCCUCAGGCUCACCUUUGACCCCUGUGAGUCGAGAGGAUCCAGGUAACCGUCCUGUGGCGGCGCUGAGUGAUGACAUCAGAGGAUCCAAGCAGCCAAUCAGAGCUCAGGAGCUGAAGGCAGGAAGCCUCAGUCAGAAAACCAGAGAAAAGAGGGAGGAGUUAGAGGGAGCAGCGGCGAAGGAGGAGAAGGAGAAAAAACAAGAGGAGGAGAGGAAGAAGCUGUUAGAGGAGGAGAAGAAGAAGCUCCUACAGGAGGAGGAGGAGGUCAAGAAGGAGAAGGAGAGGAAGAAGUGCGAGGAGGAGAGACUCCUGAAGGAGAGGAGAGACAAACAGGAGAAGCAGAGGAGGGAGGAGGAGGAGAAGAAAAUAAAGAGGGAGGAGGAGGAGGAGACGAGGAAAAGAGAGCAGCAGAGGAGGCUCCUGGAGCUGGAGGAGGAAAAGGAGAAGCUCAGGAGGGAGGAGGAGAGGAGGCACGAGAGGGAGAGCUUCCUAAAGAAGAUGAAGGAGGAGGAGGAGAAGAGGACAGAGGAGAGGAGGAGGAGGAGGGAGGAGGAAAAAAGGAGGCUCCUGGAAGAGGAAGAGAGGAAGAAGAAGGAGCAACAGAAAAUAAAAGAGGAGGAAGUGGAGAAAAGGCGUCUACAGGAGGAGGAGAGGAAGAAAAAGGAGGUGGAGCAACAGAAGAUAAAAGAGGAGGCAGAGAGGAGAAAGAGGGAGGAGGAAGAAAAGGAGAAAGCACUUAAAGAGAAGAAGGAGAAUGAGAGGCUCUUAAAGAAGGAGAAAGAAAGGAUGGAGAGGAUGAAGAAAGCGGAGGAGAAAAGGCGUGAAGAAGAGGAGGAGAGGAGGAGAGAGAGACUCCUGAAGGAGCAGAAAGAGAAGGAAGCGGAGAAGAAGAAAAAAGAGGAGGAGGAAGACAGGAGGAAGAAAGAGGAGGAACAGAAGAAGAAGGAAGAGAUGGAGAGGAGAAAGAAGAGAGAGGAGGAGGAGAAGAGGAGGAAGGAGGAGUCCAACAGGUCGGACGAGGACAAGAUGAAAAUCUCUGCUCCUGCUGCUCCUCGGCUCCCUCUGGACACAAACAGCAUGACAUCACAGCUGCAAACUCUCAGCCAAUCACAGCACAGAGACAGUAAACGGAGCUCCGCCUCCAGAGAGCGAGAAGAAGCUGCUGAGGUGGACCCAGUCACAGAGAAAGACUCAGAAACCCAUCACAUAGUCCCGCCUCCCGCUCAGCCCGGUGCACCAUCUGUUAAAGAGGAGCCCAAAGACCCAGAGGGACCGAGACCAGAACCAGAACCAGAACCAGAGGUUUCCCCCAAACCAGCCGCUGAGCGCACCGCCCUGCUGCUGGAGACGCUGCUGCCCUCAAAACCAGAACCAGACCUGCAGCCGGAACAAGUUCCCCAACCAGGAAAACCACAACAAGAGGCAGGGAAGGAGGAGGAGCAGGAGGAGGAGCAGGAGGAGGAGCAGGAGGAGGAGGAGCUGUGGGCGACGGUGGAGGAGAGCGCUGAAGAGAAGCAGGAGGGAGGAGGUGUAACAGGGGGGUCCUCUCCCCAGCCGACAGACCUCCCUGAUGGAGGAGGGGUCCAACACUCUGCUCCUCCUCCUCCUCACCACCAGAUGACCACGGCUCGACUCCCCACGCUGCCGGAGGAGGAAACCUCAGAGCCUGCUCCUCCAGUCAGAGAGGAGGCCGACGGGAAGGACGAGGCAGCUGAGGGCCUGGUGACCUCCAGCCAGUCUCUGCUCCAGUGGUGUCAGGACAUCACCAGGGAGUACCGCGGGGUGAAGGUCACUAACUUCAGCACCUCCUGGAGGAGCGGCCUGGCCUUCUGCGCCAUCCUGCAUCACUUCCAUCCUGACAAAAUAGAUUUUGGCCAGUUGGAGCCUCAUGACAUCAAGCUCAACAACAAGAAGGCGUUUGACGGUUUCGAGGCGCUGGGAAUCUCUCGUCUGCUGGAGCCGUCCGACAUGGUCCUCCUGUCCGUCCCCGACCGGCUCAUCGUGAUGACCUACCUCAGCCAGAUCCGCUCGCACUUCACCAACCAGGAGCUGAGCGUGCUGCAGAUAGAGCACAACAGCAGCCAGUCCAGCUAUGGCGUGGCCCUUUCCGGUCCCGGACCCACUGACGUCGACGCCGCCGCCUUCUGCAUGGCCCGACUGAACGAAGGAGUUAGUCUGGAGGAGGGAGGGAGCAGCUCGCUGGUCGUCCCGCCACCCAGGACCAAACGACUGCUGAAAGUGGACGAGUCAAUAACCCCGGUCCCUCCACCACGGUCCAUCAACAAAACAGACAAAUCUGGACUGGCUCAGGACGAAGCCACAAAGACAGGGAUCUCUAAUAAGACAGAGCUGCAGAGUGGAGCUGAGACGCAGCCGGCCAAACCUGAGGAGGAGACGAUGUGGCUGCAGGACACCAGUCAGUAUGUGCUGAGCGAGCUGGCGGCGUUGGAGACGGAGCAGAAGCACAUCGACAGCAGAGCCGCCGUGGUGGAGCGACGCCUGCGGAGCCUCAUGGAGACCGGAAGCGACCGUGACGAAGAGGAGAGGCUGAUCCAGGAGUGGUUCACUCUGGUGAACAAGAAGAACGCUCUGAUACGCAGACAGGACAACCUGGAGCUGCUACAAGAGGAGCAGGACCUGGAGAGGAGGUUCGAGCUCCUCAACAGAGAACUGCGGGUCAUGAUGGCCAUAGAAGAGUGGCAGAAGUCCUCCUCCCAGCAGCAGAGGGAGCAGCUGCUCCUCCAGGAGCUGGUCUCUCUGGUCAACCAACGAGACGAGAUCAUCAGAGACAUCGACGCCAAGGAGAGAGGGGCGGAGGAGGAGGAUGCUCGUCUGGAGCGUGGUCUGGAGAUGAGGAGGCAGAAAUACAACAACAAAGACAAAUGUGUCCUGCAGUGAGACGUCAACAACCGUUUAUGUUUUUAUUAUUAUUAUUAUUAUUAUUAUUAUUGUUUGUAUUUUUUGCACAAAAGAUAAAAAGAGGAAAAACUGACUUCUGUAUCUGUUCAUGCCAACGUUUAUUUUCCUUUUAUUCACGUUUUUAUUUAUUGAACUGAUGAGUCGGCUUGUUGUUCAUCUGGUGCACCGUUUGUUUGUUUGUUUGUUUGUUUGUUUGUUUGUUUGUUGUGUUUCUGAACUCUGCUUUAAAGAAAAAGUUCCUCUUGUAACAGAAUGUGCUGAAACCAAAACGUGCCUUUCAGGAGAAACGUCUUACAUUUGUGUUUGAGACGAUAGAAAGUGAAUAAUGUUUGUUUGUCAAGUGCCAAGAAGGAUAAAAAGAUAAAAGUCUGAUGAAAGUUGUGAGCUGGACUCAAAGUCACACAGAGACGAUUCUUCUCUUUAUAGACGUCAGACAUGAGAAGAGUUCUAAUGUUAUCAGUUUGUGCCUUAACUAGCAGAAUGUUUGACUGGUACUCUGAUGUGGUUUCUCUAUUUAUUAGUUCAAGACGUGAUGGAUGAUGUUGAUUAAUGUAGUGAAAAUACAUAAAUAUUCUUUCAUUAUUUA